AGAAUCGUGAUUUGUUUACAAUUAUCCCCCUAUGCAAUUUGCGUGUGUGUUUUUUCCCAACUAAAAACUGCGUUUUUGCCAAUUGCACAAUAGAAAGUGAUCGUGAUAAGCAAUAGGAACGGAAAGUUCUUCAACUAAACACCCACCUGCACCAGGGUUUGCGCUGUAAAAGCGAACACACUGCCGUGCACUUCCUUCUCCUACGGUACAAUCGAGCGAGACGUGCAGUGUCCCACAAGGGGUGUGGGGCUGAGACGUGCACGGUGGCUACGGAGCAAAACCACAACAUCAUCGAAAUACGCAAAACUACACAAAAUCUGAUGCGUUUGUGUUUGGCCGCGGGUGAGCGAAACAAUACGGGUUGGUGCAUUUGAUUUGAACACAAACCACGACCCGCCCUGCCUGAGGCGAACGGAAUCGACACGAGCGAGAGAAAUUUAGCCACCGCAACCGAAUACCUACGUCAUCCCAGGCGAAAGGCGCGCGCGAAACGCGAUUUUUCCCUCGACACAACAAAAAAUGAAAGUCAUCUGCACGCAAGUGUUCAAGUGCCUUCUGUCCUUUCUGCUGCUGCUGCUCUUCAUCCUGUUUAGCUUCGCUUCCCGCGUUCUCUUUGUCUAAUCUUGGCCGGCCGGGUGUGGCAGCGGCGGUGGCAAAAUCACCCUUUCCACCGAAGAACCCGUCGUUCCAACAUCAGCUGUUUUUCAGCCGCCAAACCGCCAAGGUUCAACGGACCCGUGGGACAACAUCGACGAGACGCGCCCGGCUAAGGUCACUUGUGCCGUAUCUUAUCUCGGUGCCCCCGUGCACAAGGAGUGUGCCAACGAAACAAGCUGCGCGAGCACCCGGAAAUCAUCUCGCUGCGGAUGAGUGGACGCGAUUAGGUCGCUGCGGAAGAUUUAGCGGAAAAUUGGUACACACCCGCGUGUGCAGCAGCAUCUUCUUCCCACUGUUUUUUUGCAAUGGUAAAUGGAUAAUGCUUACACCAACACCACCGCUGUGUGAUAAUGCACCCCUCCGUUACAUGCAUUCCAUGAGUCAUCGGAUGCGUCGUGUCGUUUGUUGUUCUUGGCCUUUUUGUUUGUUCCGUUUUGUUCCCUCUUGGUCGGUGUGUUUCUGUGUGUAAAUGUGGCGGUUAGCAUAUGUGUUAGACUGUAGUAUGUGUGUGUGUGUGUGUGUGCGUUUAUUGGUUCCCAUUUGUAAAUACCCCUGCACCUUAUCACCUUCGAAGCGCAAUUGAAACACUUGCUAGCUCUUUGGCUGGGUUGUAUGGGUGCGGUCAUCAAGGCGCGCAGAGCAGCAGGCAAUAGGAAGUGUGUCUAGUCUUGUACGGCUUGUAAACAAAGCUCACCCUUAAUGUGGCAGUAGCCGUUGCGAAGCAUUCCCAUAUGCUUCCCGCAGUAUAAUGGCAGAGGAGGAUGAGAUUCGAACGGCCGUACACUCGUUCUACACCAUCCAGCAACAGCAGCAGCAGCUGCAGCAGUCAGCACACACACCGGUCGUCCAUCACCCUUUUAUGAUGCACGGACCCCGGGGGUACGGCAGUGGGCCGCCGAUGAAUGCGCUCGCCAUGACACGAUCGCAAUCGCACACGGUGAAUCUGCUGAGCGAAGACUUCAUUGCCGGGUACAUGGAGCAGGGGCGCAUGUCGGUCGUCCGCAGGUUCUUCUGCCUGUUCGUCACCUUCGAUGUCGUGUUCAUCUCGCUGCUGUGGAUCAUCUGCGUGGUGAUUACCGGCGACAACGUGAUCCAUGCACUGCAAACUCAGGUCCUGCACUAUACGGUCUACACAUCGCUGUUUGAUGUCGUUAUUGCUGCCCUCAUUAGGUUUAUUUUUCUCAUACUGUUUUAUGGGCUGCUGAGCAUCAGCCACUGGCUAGUGAUAGCGUUAUCUACAACUAGUUCCUGUGCAUUUCUUAUUAGCAAAGUAUUUCUUUACGAUUGGACUGCUACACCACAGCCGGUGUUCGAGGUGCUUUUGAUAGUGGUUUCGUUUGUGCUAGCGUGGGGCGAAGCAUGGUUUUUAGACUGUCGCGUGAUACCGCAGGAGCGAUAUGCGCGAAACUAUUUCGUUGCAAUCACCAAUCCCGGUUCGAUGGAUGCACGCACCCCGUUGCUGGAUCCAUUCCUAAGCGCAAUGCAGGCGGGCAGGACGGAAAGCAUAGGCAACUUCUACUCACCGUUCGACUCCAUUCACAACAGCGACGACGACGACGAUGAAGACGAACAGGACGACGAGUUCAAGAAGAUGGGCACGGAGUGUGUGCGGAAGGCGUACAUGCUGCUCGAAUCCGACGGGUGGAAGAUCGAGAAGGUAACCGCCAAGGGGGACACCAUACAAAGCUGCCAGCAGGAAAAGAUUGGCAAGAUUUACAAGCUGACCGCGAAGAUUCACUACCCCGCCCGGAAGCUGCUGCAGGAGCUGUUCUACAAGAUUGAGGACGUGCCGAAGUGGAACCCAACGCUGCUGGAAUCGAAGAUUAUUCGGAAAAUCGAUAGUCACACGGACAUUUCCUACCAGGCCACGAUCGGCGGUGGUGGCGGUGUGGUCAAGUGUCGCGAUUUCGUGAACCUGCGCUGCUGGCAUCUGUGCCGCGAUGGGCGCGUCAUCGAGGGCGUCGACAUCCUGCCGAACCCGCUGAUCAAUCUUUCCCCCGUGACGGAAGAGUACGAGGGCAACGGUUCGGUCGGAGGGCAAAGCGACGAGAGCGGGGAAGAAUCGUCCGUCGGUAGCAUCGGCAAGGGGGACGUUUCGGGGCGCAUCCCAGCGUCGAAAUCCGUACCGCAGAUGAGCCAAUCGCAUGGCGAGCUCAAAACGGACGGACCGGCGGCCGGUGCUGCCGAUGGUAGUGAACAGAAAGAUAAGACUGCAUUUAAGACGCUCAGCAAAAGCUUGGGCGCCCAGGACUUUGCGACCGGUGCGGGCGGUGGCGGUGCCGUCUCGUACGAGAAUGAGGACGUGUUUUCCGACGCACUCACGGACGAUCAGGAGGGAAAGGCCGCGUCGGUGAAGCCGGUGGAAGGGAGUGCGAAAAAGAAGCGGAACGCGGCGCGCGAGGAAGCGGAAUCGACGGCAAAGUGUAGCAACGUUUACGUGAGCGCAGCGAUCAGUAUCGACUAUCCCGGUGCGCCACAGAACACCAAAUACAUUCGAGGAGAAAACAAGGUGUCAUGUUGGGCGAUGCGGGAGCUUGAAAAUCAAAAGGAUCACUGCAUCUUCGAGUGGCUGCUCUGCUUGGAUCUGAAGGGCUACAUCCCCCGCUACGUGCUAGACACUGCCUACACAACGCUAAUGCAAGACUACAUGACCUACCUUCGCAAGUACGUCGCCGAACUGCGCAAGCAAGGAAAAGUGCCUGGUGGCCCCGAGUCCACCGCAUAGAGCGUGCAGAGAACGAGUCGUGGGAAGCAGUCGACCCUGUUGGGUGCGCAUCGCCACGCAUCGCCACUUCACCCCGCAUCACUUCAAAAGUCAUUCGAAUUUAGGCUAGCUUUUAUGACAUUUUAUCCUUCUAUUUUCGUUCCCGUUUCGCUACCACAGCCUGCGCGGGGCUCCUCAUUGGAAUGGUGCUAGGAAAGGUGCUGUCCUUUUUUUCGCUACCAAGCAGCAGUAUGAAAGAAUGCUGUCAUCCUGUGUAUUGUGUGCCGUCGCAUCCGUGCAACCGUGCUGGAGAAUGAGAUUUUUAGUCAAUUAAAAGAAAAGGAAAUGACGAAUACAGCACUGCCCAUGGAAAACAAGAUCAGCAUUAGUUACUGUACCGCAUGUAGCGUAUAUUUUCCGUUCCACUUGAAUCCACUCGCAAACGGACUGAGUGCCGCUGCAUUAAAAAAACACAAAAAUCGUAAGAAAAUCCUCACCAUUUACUAACAGCGAAACGAAUCAAUUAAUCUUCCUCCUACGUAAGGCAAAAGUCAGCAUUUAGUUAGCAACACCUCAAACAUACCGACCCGAAAAACCUGUGUGAAAUGGAACCUUUUUGGAUACGCUAUUCUGUUGCCGAAGGCGGGGGAAUCAGUCCUAUCUCCACCGCAGACGUCAUUUCUGAUCGGUAUUUUGCUGUUAUAUUUUAUUGUGAUAUGGAAUAAAAGAUUUAUAUUUGAGCGCGUAAUUAAAACAAAAA